AUGUCUCAAACUUUAUAUUUCAGCGUUCUUCUCAUCGCUCUCUGUUCAUUAUCUGAAUGCAUUCAGCGCCGUUAUCACCACAUAAACAUGAAUAAGAACUGGACUGAAGCUCAGAGAUACUGCAGAGAAAUCUACACAGAUCUGGCCACAGUCAACAACAUGAACGACAUGAAUCAACUGAUGAAGAGUAUAGAUCAAAGUCUGUUUAACAGUGAGAAUACUGGUGUCUGGAUUGGACUGAGUAGAUCAAUGAAUUAUAAAUGGAAGUGGUCUCUGGGUGAUCCUUUGAAAUAUACAAACUGGUCUAAUGGAGACUCAAAUGGUUCAGGUCAUUGUGUUUAUAUGAGAUAUGGAUCAUGGCGUCAUCAGGACUGCAAAGUGAACAUGAGAUUCAUCUGCUACAAUGGUGAUAAAGGAUUCAUCAUUAAUGGUUCUUCAGUAUCAUGGAGAGACGCUCAGAUCUUCUGCAGACAGCAUCAUACUGAUCUGACCAGUGUGAGGAAUCAGACUGAGAAUCAACAGAUUCAGAAGAUCAUGAAUGACACAAACAUAUCUGAAGUCUGGAUUGGUCUGUUCAGUGACUCAUGGGAGUGGUCAGAUAAGAGCAACUCCGCCUUUAGAUACUGGGUGCCUGGUCAACCUGAUAAUUAUGGUAAUACUGAAAUUUGUACAGAGUUUAUGACGUCUCAGCAAGGACAGUGGAAUGACUUGAGUUGCAGUGAGUUUCGUACCUUUGUGUGUCAUGAAGAUAAUCUGAUAUUGAUCCAGAUGAAUCUGAGCUGGUCUGAAGCUCUGAGAUACUGCAGAGAGAAUCAUGUGGAUCUGGUUUCAGUUGAUUCAGAGGAGAUUCAGUUCAUGGUGACUAAAGUGAUUCAUCAGUCCUCUACUGACGACGUGUGGAUGGGGUUACACUAUUACUGCCAAAUGAACCUCUGGAUCUGGAUACGAGGAGAGGCCGUGUGCUAUCAGAAUUGGGCUCCAGGGAACGGAGCAGGACUUAUGGACUGUAACACUGAACACAGAGCUGGAGCAGUUCAGUCUGGAGGAGAUCAUCGCUGGAUCAGCCUUCCUCAAUCUCACAAACUCAACUUCAUCUGCAUCAGAAAAUAAUAAAAUAAUUUGUGUCUAUCACUUCAUUUAAGUUCUUUGGUAAUUUUCUGGUUUUCAUUUUGUUUUGUUA